AAGUUCUCGAGUUGUUGUUUUUCCACGAGUGCGUGUGCAUGGACUGCAGUGAAUGGCGUGAAAGUUUAGGCUUUAAGAACACUUUACUAUGCCUAGCUAAUGUAACAGACCUUAUCGACAACGAGUUUCAUUCGAGUAGUUUCCUGCACCUUACAUCCAGACAUGUCAACUUUUGGAGCAGCUCGAGCUGAUGCGGGAUCAGUGAUCUCGGACCCUCAACAUUCCCAAAAGCUUCUAAGGGCCCUUCAGUCUUUCAGAGAAGAUCAGGCUUUUCAAGAUGCAGUACUGGUUUUGGAGGGUGAAGAGAUACCUGUUCAGAAAAACGUCAUUGCUGCUGCUAGUCCAUACAUAAGGACAAAAUUAAAUUACAACCCACCAAAGGAGGAUGGAUCUGUUUACAAAAUCGAGCUGCAAGGGAUCUCCGUUUCAACCAUAAGGCAGAUAUUGGACUACAUUUUUAGUGGAGAGAUCACCCUGAGCGAAGACACUAUCCAGGAUGUGGUCCAAGCUGCCGAUCUCCUGCUCCUCACCGAUCUAAAAUCUCUGUGCUGUGAGUUCCUGGAGAGCUGCAUCACGGCAGAAAACUGCAUCGGCAUCCGGGUCUUCUCCUUGCAUUACUGCCUGCACCAUGUCUUCCACGUCGCCACAGAGUUCCUGCAGACGCAUUUCCGAGACGUGGCCAGCACCGAGGAGUUCCUGGAGCAGCCUCCUGAACGUCUGUGCGAGAUGCUCUCGAUGGAGAAGCUCAACAUAGGAAAUGAAAGGCACGCACUGGAGGCCGUGGUCCGCUGGCUUGGCCACGACACUGAAGCUCGGCGAGUCCAUAUGAAGGAGGUGAUGUCGGCCGUAUGGGUUCAAGGCUUGGAACGGCCGUACCUCCAGGAGCAGAUUGUCGGUGACCACAUGAUGAGGGAGGUGAUAGGAAAUUAUUGUAUAGAGAUCCUGAGUGGUGCGGAAAAGCAGGGAGAGGCACUGCUCGAUGCGUUUAAACCCCGCGGCUACUCCGAAUGUAUCGUCACAAUAGGGGGUGAGGAAAGGAACUCUCGGAAGCCUACGGCAGCAGCUCGCUGCAUGUGUCCACUUUAUGACCGAAGCAGGCAGCUGUGGAUUGAGCUUCAGCCGAUGAAAGAAAGGCGCGUUGGGCACGGAGUCGUGUCAGCAGAAGGCUUCCUAUUUGCAAUAGGAGGCAUGGAUGAGAAUAAAACUGUGUUGAGCAGUGGAGAGAAAUAUGACCCAGAGACCAACACCUGGACUUCAAUUCCAGCUAUGAUGCAGGCCAGACAACACUUUGGUAUUGCUGAGCUGGAUGGAAUGAUCUAUGUCUUGGGUGGAGAGAACAAUGAAACUGAGGUUCUUCUCACAAUGGAGGUGUAUGACCCCCAUUGCAACGUCUGGAGGACCCAACCCAAAAUGACUACCGUGCGCAAGUUUGGUAGUUGUGCCACCAUGAAAAAGAGACUGUAUGUAAUGGGAGGAGGAUCGUACGGGAAGGUUUACGAUUCUGUGGAGUAUUAUCAGCCCAAAACACAACAGUGGACGUCCGUCUGCCCCCUUAAGGAACGGAGGUUUGGAGCAGUGGCUUGUGGGAUUGCCCAAGAGCUUUACGUAUUUGGUGGUGUUAGAAACAGAGAGGUGGACAAUCCCGAGACCACUCAAAUGACCAUCGCCAAGUCUGAGUUCUUCCAUGAUGAACUGAAAAGAUGGAUGCUUCUGGACGACCAAAACCUCUGUAUUCAGGCCACCUCAUCCUUUGUGUAUGGAGCUGUUCCCAUCGGUGCUAGUAUAUAUGUAGUAGGAGAACUUGACACGGGCACCAGUUUUGACUAUGUCCGGGAGUUCCGCAGAAGCACAGGGACGUGGCACCACACCAGACCCCUUAUGCCAUCUGAUCUGAGCAAGACGUGCUGCGCCCCCCUUCGUAUCGCCAACUGUAAGCUGUUCCGCCUGCAGCUCCUACAGGGCCAGUUUCAUAUCUCACGUCCUCUCCAUCAUCACUGAGUUCUGUGUCAUUUCACUCCUCCCUUGUCUGCUGGUUUGGAGGAGGAUGCAAGGGAUUGUGGGACUGCAGGCUUAAGCCGUUGUUUGGUUGUGUGUGGGAAAAGCUUGAAAGAGUGUAAUAUUUAAUGCUUUUUUAAAAGGGAGUCAAUUAAAUGUCUUUUUAUGGUUCUUUCUUUAGUGUGAGUGUGAUUUAGCUCAUUCACAGGAAGUGUUUUAUUACAGCAUGUUAAAUGGGACCUUCUUUACGUUUCGUUCGGCUUUAUUUGGAUGGUUUGCAUUAUAUUUGAGAUGACAGUUGUGAAUGCUUGUCUUUUGAGUUUUGACGCUAGCACUUUGGUGAGAGUAGUUAUACUGUAAUAGCGUUUUUAAACCAGUAUGUUUUAUUUACGGUGUAUUAAGUAAGGGAACAAAUCUAAAACUAAAACUUAGCGGUUCACUAGUACCAAGCACAAUAUUGUUGCUCUAGUUACUGUACAGACAAGUGUUAGAUUAUUUAGUAGUGUUAUUAGUUAUGGUCCAUCACCAUUGCUACACCGGACGAGACAGACGGCUUGUUCUAUUGUGAUUGUCGUGUUGAAAAAUGACAUAUUCAGUGUGACCAAAUUUAUAGUGGGUUCUAAUGCUAUCUAUUGUCUUUUGUUGCGUCGCGUCUGGUGUAGACAGGUGUAAAAGUCUUAAAUCAUGGUGGGGUUUCGUUAAAUGUAGUGCUUUUAGUUCAAAUGCAUUCAGUUUAUUGGAGGCCUUCACAUUAACUGUGAUUCAUUUGUAGGUUAUAUUUAAAUAUAGAGCGUUUAAAUAUAAAUUAGGUUUUAAUAUAUUGAGGUUUUAUUAUAAUUAUAUUACUCUAUAUCAAAUCAUUUUAAACGUUUGUUUCCUAAAUCCCAUCUUGAUUUCAUUUAUAAACAAAUUGCUGUAAGGAGCCUUGUUACGGCUAAUGCAGGUUAAAGGGGUCAUAUGGCGCGAAUACAUGUUUUUCUGUGUCUUUGGUGUGUUAUUAGCUGCCCAUGCAUGAAUAAGACAUGUUAAAUGUUGUAACAAAAGAAGCAUUUUAUCUAAAAGCGAAUGCUCACCCACACCUGGCUGAAAGGUCUCGUGUAACAACACCACCACAAAUCUACGUCUGUUUGUGUGAUGAUCUGACUAAGACCGCCCAAAUGUAUUCGCAAGUAAGGUGCUCGUACCUGUCUGUACAUUUGCUUUGGAACCUGAUGUUCCAAAUAUGAUAAAAGGGGCUACGUUUUCGUCACACGCUUGCAGUAUUUGACCAAUCACAACACACUGGUUAUUAGGCCAAUCAUAGCACAUCUCGCUUUUCAGACCGAGGAGCUUUUAUAAAAAAUCUGCGUGUUUCAGAGAGGCGGGGCAAGGAGGAGAUACAAACAUGCACGGUAUAUGGAAAAUACAGCGUUUUUAACCUUAAAUCUUGUAUACACAUUGCAUCACGUCUAAAACAAACGAUAAUAUUUUAGCCGUGUCAUAUGACUCCUUUAAUGUAUUUAAUUCCCUCCAAAGAUAACAUGUUACGUUUUGUCGCCUUAGUCAUGUGUUUAGGAUUUAUUUUGGAGGUUUGUGCAAGAAUAUCAUGUCUACUGAGUCAAGAGUUUACAUUUAAGAGUAUGGUCAAUAAUAUGCUGAGUAAAAUCUGUGUCAUAUUGUCAGGGUGGUGUGCGUUUUGUAGGGGUCUGGCUGGCUAUGUGGGAGCCUGCCUAUGUUAUAUGACCAAAUUUGCUCGUAUUCAGGGACUCGAAGCACCACAACAUGUCAGAAAUAAAUGCAAGUUGCUGGACUCACCCUUAUGUGGCGAGAGUAUUUUGUUAAUGACCUCUGAACUGGCUUUCCUGUCAGUGUGGACGGUUUUGGCAUCUGCUGACCCCAUUUGUUCUGUGCAUGAGUCAGCUGCUGCUGUCUGUUGUGAUCGAAGGAAUGAACGUUACAUAUUCACCGUCGUGGAAAUUCACAGCGAUAGCUGAAUUAAGGAAUACGUUACCACAUUUUUACAUCUUGGACACUAAAAUUUGUAAUUUGCUCUGUGGGUUGUUUUUAGAGGAAUGUGGAUAAAACAUAAUACUGGACCAAUUAUUAUUUAAAGUGUUUGCAACAGUGUUGGGUAAAUUACGUAAAUCUCAUUCAAAUAUUACAUUUCUAAACUUUUUAUCAAAGAGAAAAGUAUUUACACUAAACCUACACUAACACUAUCGAACAAGCUUACACACAGUUAUUAAAGUGAUAGUUCACCCAAAAAUGGACAUUUUCUAUAUUAUUUUCUCACCCUCGUGUCGUUCCAAACCUGUAUCUAUCAAUAAAUGAUGACAGAACCUUUAUUUUUGCGUGAACUAUCCAUUUCUGCGGAUUUACUUUUGCACUUUCCUUUCUCCACUGAACUAAUUCCAAAUGUCUGGUUAUCCACUAUCAUUUUGCAUAAACUGUUUUUUUUAUAAAUCAUGAAAAUGCAGUUGUCAUUGAUGACUCAUGUAAUGUUGAUGUCAAGUACUGUCAGAAUGGAGGAUGUAACAACUAUUGUCAACACUGCAUGAUAUGUAAUGUGUGUUCCUUGCCAAACUCCACACACAAACAAUACAUGCUCAUGAAAAUUGUCAACACGUUCACUUUACUAUAAACACUGUCAUGACUCUAUUUGCACAAAACAUAAAAACACGUCAUGUCUGCCAGAACGUUGUGAUUAAUAAAAUAUAAUGCAAUG